AUGGAGCCGGAGUUGGAGAAGGAAAUAGGUGCAAAAUUUGAGGAAGAUCUUGGCGCCAUGCUGUCAAAAUGUGACGUAGUUGUCAUCAACAUGCCUCUCACUGAUAAAACCAGAGGGAUGUUCGACAAAAAUAGAAUUGCAAAGAUGAAGAAGGGAGUUCUUAUAGUGAACAACGCCCGCGGAGCAAUCAUGGACACUCAAGCAGUUGUUGAUGCCUAUUCCAGUGGCCACAUUGCUGGUUACAGUGGCGAUGUUUGGAACCCACAGCCAGCUCCCAAGGAUCACCCAUGGAGAUAUAUGCCAAACCAAGCAAUGACCCCUCAUAUUUCUGGAACUACCAUUGACGGACAGUUGUGCUAUGCUGCGGGAGUUAAGGACAUGCUGGACACAGAGACGGAGGCAGUGCAGCGUCAUCCUGGAGGCCUCCACGUGCUCCGACGAGAGUUGCAGUUUCUUCUAGAGAUCGUUGAUGACAGCGCGACCGCCAGCGUUGAAGCAAAAGUGUUCGAAGGCUUGUUUGAAGUCGGGAAUGUAGGGUUUCCAUUUGGGAUUAAAGUUUUUCCAGUCGAUUAG